AGCAGCUUGUACUGCAGACCUGCACAAUGAGAGACAACAGCUGUAAAGAAUGCAUAGACAAAAUCCUGCAAGAGGCUCCGACCGCAAGAAAAGCUCUUCUAGACAACCACAGCAACCUGCACAAAGUGGCCGAUUACUGUCAGAGCAAAUACCUCAGUGUGGAGGACACAAGAAGUGUCAUUGAUGAGUCCAAAGCUCUCACCACGCAGGCCCUGGCCAGUGUCACAUACCAGAUAAACAAUCUGGCCACAUCUUUGCUGAAAAUCUUAGACGCUCAGACGGUUCAGCUAAAACAGAUUGAGUCAUCUGUCAACUUGCUGACUCUGACAGUUGGCAUGUACAAGGAGAAAAUAGCCCGGAAAGAGAUCGGCAUGUUGACCAAACAGUCAAAAGUUCCCCGGACUCAGAAGGUGGUUCCCCCAGCGAGUGGCCUGGAGCCGUUUCGUGCAUACAGACGGGUUCCCAUAUCCUACACCUGCUUGGACAAACUGGGCCACAGCCACUGGGAAGGCAGCAAAACUGAAGAGCCAAAAACAGACAAUGAGGACUCUGUGUCUGUACAGCUUGGCACACAGGAGACCAGCACCUUCAACUGGUCUUUUUUGGGUAUCGCAGUUCCUCCUCCAUCAGUGCCUGACUGGGUGGGUUCCAGCGCCUCUGCUCCACCUGAUCUCUCUCCAGCCUCACCGCCUCCUAUACUCAUGUCUGACCGAUCCCCGUCUCUACCAGCCUAUCCUGACCUGUCCAUGCUGCCUCCUCCACCUCUCACAGAUGAAGAGAUGGGAGACGCUCUACCCCCACCUCCUCCUCCCUCUCCUCCUCCCCCUAGUUCUGUGUAUGGAGGUUCUUUGGUUCCCCCUCCACCACCUCCACCUGGCCAAAACACCUCAUUAACUUCAGCAAACCCUCCACCCCCACCUCCUCCAGGUAACAUGGCUAUUCCUCCUCCACCUCCUCCUCCACCUCCUCCAGGCAAUGUCCCUGUCCCACCUCCUCCACCUCACAUUCAGGCCAAGACGACUGCUCCUCCUCCACCUCCUCCUCCUCCAGGCUCUUACAGUGGGUCUUCAAUACCUCCACCCGCACCUCCACCUCCACAAAAUGCCUCCAUGGUGCCACCGCCACCACCUCCUCCUACUAAUACCGGAGGAAAAUUUAUUCCACCACCUCCUCCUCCACCUCCCCCCUUUUGAAUGUUGAUUUUCAAUGUUAUUUUUAUGGAAAAGACUAUAUGACAUUUGAUGAGAUAAGAUGUUUUAAUGCUUUUUAUUAAAUAAUAUGAAAAAUUUCUUAUGAAUGUUUAUGGUAUGAAACAUUAAAUAAAGACAAUGUUUUGUAUAAAGUGUAUUACGUAAUAUCAGACAUGUUUUAUUCUUUUUAUGAUGUACUCACAAAAAUUGAAGCAAAAUAUUUAAAUGCUUUAUUGUGUGGUUAAAAAUGUAUAUAUAUUCUUUAAUGAAUUAUUAUUGCGUAACUAGAGACCUAUGCUGUGUCUCCAACCAAGCAAGCUGCCUUCCUAGACAUUAUUUUUGGGAAUCAUACUCACUCUACUCGUCCGAGACAGCCAAUAGUGAUGUUCAUUCCUCUAGGGGGCGCAUAGCAGCUCAGACAACCAAAAACACAAUCGAGUUGUAUUAAAAUCUCUGAACGUUGUUUGUGUUACUACAUAUGUUUAUGCGCCUAAAUACGCAAUCGAUUAAACCUAUGUUUAAAUGCAUUAAUUACUUAAUAGAAAUGUACAUUCGUUUAUAUAAUCUUAAUAAAAAUAUUCAAUCAAACGCUUUAGCCACAGACUGUAAUCAUAAUCGACUGUCAUUGGUCAGUCUUCACCAACGCUGAGAAAAGUAACACUUACCAUGUGACAACGCCGUUUCCUUCAGCAACAAUAUGGACAAUUAUUUUAUAUCGGAAUUAUAACACGAUGAAAUUUUAACUGGAAUUGUUCAAACCUUAUAUACACGAAUACACUGUUAAACUAGCAGAAUGUAGUGCAACAGUCAGGUUCGAAUGUUAAAAUUCCAAUCGUUUUCGCCAUGGGGUAAUUAUUUUAAUUUUAAUUAAUCAAUAUUUAUUUUUAAAUAAUCGUGUUUAUAAGCGAAAACUACAUUACCAGUGAUUCUGCAAAAAAAUCUCCACCAAUCAAAGAAUGGAAACAAAUUACACCAGCCGUUUUUCCCGAUUUUUUUUUUACUUCAAAUGAAAGUUUAUAAGUUUGGGAUUCACGUCUUAGUUGAUUGGUUUAUUUUAUGGCUUAUAAAUCUUUAAUUAAAACUUAAAAAAUUUUCUUACGCUUAAAAAUAAU